CUUCUCUCUCACUCUCACAUUCUCAGAAUCAGUUUCUCACCAAAAUUCCUAAUUUCCUAACCCUAUCAGAGUAAACACCGCUGCCACCGUCAGUCCGCAGCCGCCUGCUCGUCGUGAAGCCCCACCAGCCACCGUCUGCCCCCCAGCCGCCGCCACUCUUCUCUUCCUCACCGUCUCUGUGCUCGUCGCGAAGGCCUACCUGCCACCGUCACCCCCAGCCGCCGCCACUCUUCUCCUCCUCACCGUCUCUGUGCUCGUCGUGAAGCCCGCCUCCGCCAUCGUCGUCAUCGGCAGUGACAGAGGGUACCGUCGUCGUCAUCCUCGAUCCUCUUCUCCUCCACGUCACGCGAACGGUUGCUCGAUCCUUUUCAUGCGCAUCCUCUCCUCCGUUAAUCUCUGCCCGGAGCCUCGCCGUGGAAUCUCUGCUCGGGGCCUCGCCAUCGCAAGCUGAUCCGCUUCCGAGCUCACUCUGUCACCGCCGUUCCUCCCUCGCCGUAUCUCCGUGAAUCUGUUAGUCCAGGCUCCAGCGUCGUCUUCUUCGGUCACUCAGUCAGGUGAACGGACUGGCGAAGAAGCAGGUGUCACAACGAAAGGUGACAUCGACUGACAAAGAGGAAGGAAGUUGUUUUCACUAGUCACGACUGGCAGUGGCGACGCCGAUCAGAACGCGGGCAGAUUUGACGAUGAGAAAUUGAGAAUUUAGAGCUCCUUCCACUUCGAUUCGGUUACCUAAUUUAACUAAUUUCUCCGUACACAACUCCGUUUCCAUUUUAUGGCGUUUACCGCCAUGGAAGCCACCGACGACGCAGAAUCCCCCGCACCGAUUGUUCCUGAAGAUAACUAUGAAAUGUGUUUGCCUUCACCAUCCUGAGUUCAUUCAAUUAUUAGUUUCAUUGAUAUUAUCUAAUUUCCUUUACCAGGCCUCCCCAAAGUUAGCGGGAACUGUUAACUGGGGUACAACAACUGUUAUUGGAAUAUUUGCUGGCAUGUUAUACGGCGGUAGCAAGGAGGCAGCUGCUUCUGUUAGCAAGGACGCAGAAGUGACAUUGAAGCUUGGAAGUACAGAAGACAAACGUGAGCAAUAUCGUUUGAUGAGAGAUGCUAUGGAGAAACGAUUCAUUAGGGUUACACGGGGCUCAAUAGUUGGAGGAGUACGUCUUGGAAUGUUCACUGCUGCAUUUUAUGGCUUACAAAAUCUACUUGCAGAGCAGCGAGGUGUGCAUGAUGUUUUUAAUGUUGUUGGUGCUGGUUCAGCUACUGCUUCAGCUUUUGGUUUAAUAUUGCCAGGAUCACUACGUUGGCGAGCUAGGAACAUGUUGCUAGGAUCAGUUUUGGGAGCAGCAUUUUGCUUUCCUCUUGGUUGGCUCCAUUUGAAGCUGAUAGAAAAAGCUAAUGAAGGGAAUCAAGCUGCAAAUGAAAACUUAGAUAAGAGAGACAUAAAAAGUGGUGUUAGUGCUGCAAUCGAAAGGCUUGAAAGCAAUUUACACAAAUGAAAGCUAUUUGGCUACACAGAGGCAUGCCUUCUUGUUUCUAUUUUUCAGGGUGGUCAAGUAAUCAUGCAAUGGAGGAUGUGACACCACUGGGAAUGGCAUUGCUGUCCACUUAAUAGGAGAAAAAGUUGUAUUAAUUAAAUAAUUUCGUUGACCAAGUUGAGUCACACAGUUCUUCCAUAUGAAAUUAUGAUGCUACUAUUAGUUUGUUAUUAUGUUUUUAGUCUUGUUAUUAUGACUUAUGAGGCUAUUGUACAAAGAGAAACCUAUGCGUCGCAAGUAUGUCAUAUCCAAUUCAUGUUUAUCAUAAAAAAGGUCUUUUUUUUUGGUGUA